AUGACCACGCUAAUAUCCCAAAAACCCGAGCUCAAAGCCCCAGAACCAGAACAUUGUCCCGGCCCCGAGUCUGAAGACGCCGGUAAGGGUGACGCCUGCGCCGGAUGUCCCAAUCAACAAAUCUGCGAGUCGCUUCCGAAGGGCCCGGACCCAGACAUGGCAGUGAUCACCGAAAACCUCAGCAACAUCAAACACAAGAUCUUGGUCCUUUCGGGGAAAGGCGGCGUCGGCAAAUCGACCUUCACGUCGAUGCUCUCGUGGGCGUUGGCCGCAGACGAAGAACUAGAGGUGGGAGCCAUGGACCUAGAUAUCUGUGGCCCAUCUCUUCCACGCAUGUUGGGUGCCGAGGGCGAGACCGUGCACCAGUCCAACUCCGGGUGGUCGCCUGUGUAUGCGCUGGAUAACUUGGGUCUCAUGUCGAUUCUGUUCAUGCUUCCGGAUCCAGAUGCGGCCAUCAUCUGGCGAGGCGCCAAGAAGAACGGAUUGAUCAAGCAGUUUUUGAAGGACGUCAACUGGGGCGAACGGUUGGACUACUUGGUCGUGGACACGCCGCCGGGGACCUCCGACGAGCAUCUCUCGGUCACGACGUACAUGAAGGAUGCGGGUAUUGAUGGGGCCUUGGUAGUCACUACGCCGCAAGAGGUCGCACUCCUCGAUGUCCGAAAAGAAAUUGACUUUUGUCGCAAAGCGGGCAUCAAGAUCUUGGGCGUGGUGGAGAACAUGUCGGGCUUUGUGUGUCCCAGCUGCCAGGGCGAGUCGCAGAUCUUUAAGCCCACCACGGGUGGUGGAGAGGCGCUCUGCGAGGAGCUCGGGCUCAAGUUUUUGGGGUCUGUGCCGCUAGAUCCUCGGAUUGGCCGUGCGUGUGACAAUGGCGAGUGUUUCUUUGACCAGUAUGCGGACUCGCCUGCUUCCAACGCUAUUUUGGAUGUUGUGGAUGCGUUGCGAGACGAGAUCGAGAUGCUGCUUGAAAACUUGAACAUCAACUAA